UAUACAAUCGCAAUGGCUUUGGCGAGUGUUUUCUGGGCACUAGCAAUGCUUGUCUUACUCACUGUGGGGGAAUCGACUGCCAGCUGUGAUCUUGAAAUAAAGUUAGCGAACGGGAGAGUUAGGGAGUCAUCUAGCUGGUUCCCAGGUGACUACAUCAAAUUCGAAUGCGAUCUGGGAUAUUCCCUGCAAGGCAAAACGUGGCACCUAGGCAGCGGCAGUAUUCCGAGGCGUUUCUGCACCAAGUCGGGUUGCAAUGAUUUGGCAAAACCGGAAAAAGGAAUAAUUACCACCACGGACGAUGGCUUAAAGGCAGAGAUCGCGUGCGAUGAAGGAUUCGUUCUCACCGGAAACCGCCUGACUUACUGCAAUGGAACGCAGUGGAUCAUCCCGCUGGGAACCUGUCAGGCGGCCAGUUACGCCAGUGACUACUCAUGCGACUUUGAGAGGGAGGAUCAGUGCGGUUGGAAAGCCAGUAAGGCCAUACCGCAGCCGUGGACGCGGACUAGCGCUGCGUCUGACUACCACAGAAACAUGUGCCUCCACCAGGAUCAUACCUUUCAGAACGGCGUCGAAGGACACUUUAUCCGCUUGCAAUUGCAAGUACACGCUUCCAGAACCUACCACUUCGUAUCCCCGAUUCUCCCCAGAAAUCUGACUUUAGGCAACUCCUUGCGGUUUCACUUCCAACUCUUCAUGUCCGGGACGAGAGUGAAAGACCUGACGGUGUCAGUGAAACCCGAAUCAAUGGCAGUCGAAGAGAUGUGGUUGGGUUUCAAGAAGAAUUCCACCAAACUAACUGUGUCUGGCGAUCAAGGCGCCAGCUGGAAGAGCCAUUCGGUCCCCAUCCAAGAAUUAAACACGGACUUCCAGGUAGUCUUCACAGUGGCGGACCCCAGUUCCCUCUCUGGAGAAAUUGGGAUCGACGAUGUGAGGUUUAUAAAGGAAAAAGUAUAG